UGUAACUAACCCUUCAUAAACAAUAUUUUUUAGCCAUUUUAAAGAAAUUAAACAAUUUUCCAGGUUACAAAAAUGUCAAUUUUGGAAUUUGCCUUAAUGAAACCUUUCUCCGACACUACACAUUACUGCCACAUUUGCCCCUAUUUCACACCUUCAGUUUCUCAUUGGGUCAGCCACGUCCGAACCCACACCUCAACUUUACCUUUCAACUGCAAAAACAGCAUUGAAAACUACUACUGCAAGGACUGUGAUUUCCAAUCGAAUUUAACAAUACUCUUCAACGAACACGCCAAAAGUCACCGUAGAAUUAAAACCAGAAGCCCCAAAAACGCAACUUUGGAAUACACAGUUCAAAAUUAUGUUUGCAACGAGUGCAACUUUGCCACGUACUUUUCGAUGAAAUGGCUUCAACACACCUCUUGUUGUCCCGCAAAAACAACUAACUCACAAACAAACCACACCCAGGAUGGCUGUGAAUGGUACGAAUGUGACCAAUGUGGCUACAAAACUAAAUACAAAAGCGCCUUAAAAGUCCACAACAUUUCGAAACAUUUAAAAGACCAUGAAAUUCGAUGGUACCAAUGCGGAAAAUGCCCAUACAAAGCUAAAUAUAAAUCAAGCUUGCGCAGCCACAUAAACGCCGCCCAUAUGGACGAAAGCAGCAUCAAAUGGCACAAGUGCAAAAAAUGCCCAUACAAAGCUAAACUAAAAUCGUAUUUAAAACGCCACGAAAAGACUAUACAUUUGAUGGGGAAAAAUGCGAAGUGGUAUGAAUGUGAUCAGUGUUUAUACAGAACGACCAGAAAAACGCACUUGGGGCAACAUAUAAUUUACAAACACGGAAACGAAAACGAAAUCCAGUGGUAUCAAUGUGAAAAAUGCCCGUACAAAGCUAAAUAUAAAGUAAGCUUGCGCAACCACGCAUACACUGCACAUAUGGACGACAGUAGCAUCCAUUGGCAUCAAUGUGAACAUUGUCCAUAUAGAGCUACACAAAGAGGGUAUUUGAAGAAACACGUAAGAGCGAUUCACUCAGACGAGAAGGAUAUUACGUGGUACGAAUGUGAACAGUGUUUGUUUAAAACUAAAUAUCCAAAGAGUUUGAAGAAUCACAUGAAUAACAAACAUUUGAGUGAUAGUGAAGUUGUGUGGUAUCAGUGUGAGAAGUGUCCACAUAAAACUAAGAUUAGGAGCUCGCUAAUCUUGCACAUUAAGACUUUACACAUAGAGGCGAAGGAUAUUAAAUGGCAUGUAUGUGAUCAGUGUCCAUAUAGGGCGAAAAAAUCGAUUACUUUGAAAGAGCAUGUGAUUACUAACCAUUUAGACGAGAGUGAAAUUGAGUGGUUUCAGUGUGAGAAGUGUCCUUUUAGGGGGAAGCUGAAAAGGAGGUUGAAUGAUCAUAUGCAGUCCGUGCAUUUACCCAAAAAAGUAAAAUAAUAUUUAUACUAACACAGUUUUAUUUAUAAUAAAGUGCAAACGUACGAAAUUA